CUGAGAGCGAUACUUCGUUUGCAAACCCUCAGCGGGCAGCCAGUCUUAGGAGCACUUGAGAAGCUGAAUGGACUGCAGCACGGUGCAGCAAACUGGCACAGCAGAGGCAGGCACACCCAGGCUGGCAAACAAAGUGUAGCAAAAGCUCAGGAUCUGUGCCAGGAGCCGCGGGAUGCCCGGACGGGCGAGGGAUGUUGAGUUAAAGUGUAGCCGAAAGGGCCGAAGCAGCCGCAGAAAGCUGCCGGGCUGGGCAGAGGCAGGCGGGCUCCCACAAGCAGCUGCCGCAAGCAGCCUGAGGGUCGGGGUCCUCUUCCCAGUGAGGUCGGGUGUUGGAAAGGUCCCAGUUCAACAGCUGCUCUUGCAAGCAGAAGCUCACCCACGGAUAAUUAGUUAUGAACAACAAACAUCUGCGAGCAACUGUGAAGAGGAAGCAGGACCACUGCUGCUGGAAUCCAGCAUCCAUGGCACCUCUAUGUCUAUGUUUCAUCUGAAAGUUCUUGCAGUACAGAUGAACCUGGACUGCAAGAUCCCUGUUAGGAAGAAGCACUGGCCCCCCGGGACACAGUGUGUUGCCAAGCAUGACCACACCAAGCCCAAGCCCCGGGAGCUGGCCUUCCGCAAGGGUGACAUGGUCACCAUCAUCGAGGCCGUGGAGGGCAAAGGCUGGUACCGUGCCAGGCACAACGAGACGGGGCAGGAGGGGCUGCUGGCAGCCAGCGCCCUGCGGGAGCGUGGGGCAAUCCGUGCCGAUCCCAAGCUCAGCCUGAUGCCCUGGUUCCACGGGAAGAUCUCAGGGUUGGAGGCAGUGCAGGAGCUGCAGCCCCCUGAGGACGGGCUGUUCCUGGUGCGUGAGUCUGUCCGGCACCCCGGUGAUUACGUGCUGUGCGUGAGCUUUGGCAAGGAGGUGAUCCACUACCGCGUGGUGCACGAGGAGAACACACUCAGCAUCGACAGCCAGCAGUACUUCUCCAACCUCAUUGACAUGAUUGAGCAUUACAUGAAGGAGCAGGGAGCCAUCUGCACCAAGCUGGUGAAGCCUAAACCAAAAUCUGGGAUGAAGUCAGCUGAGGAGGAGUUGGCCAAAGCUGGCUGGUUGCUGAACCUGAAGCACCUCACACUGGGAGACCGCAUUGGGCAAGGAGAGUUUGGAGAUGUCCUGCAGGGCGAGUACAUGGGGCAGAGGGUGGCUGUGAAGAACAUCAAGUGCGAUGUGACUGCCCAGGCCUUCCUCGCUGAAACAGCUGCCAUGACGAAGGUACGGCACAAAAACCUUGUGUGUUUGCUGGGAGUGAUCCUGCACAAUGGCCUCUACAUUGUCAUGGAGUUCAUGAGCAAGGGCAACCUGGUGAACUUCCUGCGCACGCGGGGCCGGGCGCUCGUCCCGACCCAGCAGCUCCUCCUGUUCGCCCUGGAUGUGGCUCAAGGCAUGGACUACCUUGAGUCCAAGAAGUUGGUGCACCGGGACCUGGCUGCCCGCAACAUCCUCAUCUCUGAGGAGAACGUGGCCAAAGUGAGCGACUUCGGCUUGGCUCGAGUCAACCCCAAGGGUGCAGAUGCCACAUUGCUCCCUGUGAAGUGGACAGCACCAGAGGCCCUGAAACACAAUAAAUUUUCCUCCAAGUCGGAUGUGUGGAGCUACGGGAUCCUCCUGUGGGAAACCUUUUCCUUUGGAAGGGCACCCUACCCCAAGCUGGCCCUGAAGCAGGUGACAGAGCUGCUGGAGCAGGGGUACCGCAUGGACCCCCCUGAGGGCUGCCCACCCACCGUCUAUGCCCUGAUGAAGAGCUGCUGGGAGCUGGAGCCAGGCAAGCGCCCGUCCUUCAAGAAACUUACAGAGAAGCUGCAGAAAGAGCUGAAGCACCUGAGGGACAUUUAACUCCCAUCCUGCUACCAGGACCCAGGACCUGAAGCCCCUAGACCCUCCAGGGUUGGGAGUAUAGGACAAGAGGGGCCAGGACCAGGAUGGCCUGUGGUGCUGCUCUCUCCCUGUGGAGAUGGGGCAGCAGCCUCCCUCCAUCUGAGCAUGGUCCUUCUACCCACCACACAGCCCAGAGAAGGUUGCCAUGGGAUUGAUCUCCCCUGACCCACCAGAGCGGGGAGCACACACCCCAAGGGAGCCAUGCCCACACCCCCUGUGCUCAGCCCCAGGAGCAGAUGCUGCAUGUGGGGUUCCUUCAAGCUGUGACUCCCAGUGAUGGGAGACAGGACUGGACAUCUCCACUCACAGGAGGAUGAGACUCCACCCUGACUCAGCCCUGCCCCAUUGCCCAGCCCCACACGGGGAUGCCGCACAGCCAGCUAAACCACAUGGA